GCGGCAGCGGAAGUUCCCGCCCCGGCUCCGCCUCUCCCCCCGGCUUGCGCUAGCUGGGUGUUUCCUGCCUCUCUCAGUCCGGUUUUGGAGACUCCUGCGUCCUCCGACUUUUCAUGGAAGAGAUGUCAGGAGAAAGUGUGGUGAGUUCAGCGGUGCCAGCAGCUGCUACCCGCACCACUUCCUUCAAGGGCACGAGCCCCAGCUCCAAGUACGUGAAGCUGAAUGUGGGCGGGGCGCUCUACUACACCACCAUGCAGACGCUGACCAAGCAGGACACCAUGCUGAAAGCCAUGUUCAGCGGGCGCAUGGAAGUGCUCACGGACAGCGAAGGCUGGAUCCUUAUUGACCGGUGUGGGAAGCACUUUGGUACGAUACUCAACUACCUUCGUGACGGGGCGGUCCCCUUGCCUGAGAGCCGUCGGGAGAUUGAGGAGCUGCUGGCAGAAGCCAAGUACUACCUGGUCCAGGGCCUGGUGGAAGAAUGCCAGGCAGCCUUACAACAGAACAAAGAUACUUACGAGCCUUUCUGCAAAGUUCCUGUCAUCACCUCAUCCAAGGAAGAGCAGAAACUUAUAGCGACUUCAAAUAAGCCAGCCGUGAAGCUGCUCUACAACCGAAGUAACAACAAAUACUCGUACACCAGCAAUUCUGACGACAAUAUGUUGAAAAACAUUGAGCUCUUUGAUAAGCUCUCUCUGCGCUUUAAUGGAAGGGUCCUGUUCAUAAAGGAUGUCAUUGGGGACGAAAUCUGCUGCUGGUCCUUUUACGGGCAGGGCCGCAAGAUUGCUGAGGUCUGCUGUACCUCCAUCGUCUAUGCCACCGAAAAGAAGCAGACCAAGGUGGAGUUCCCAGAGGCCCGGAUUUAUGAGGAGACCCUCAAUAUUCUGUUGUACGAGGCCCAGGACGGCCGAGGACCUGACAAUGCGCUCCUGGAGGCCACCGGCGGGGCAGCGGGUCGCUCGCAUCACCUGGAUGAGGACGAGGAGCGGGAGCGGGAGCGGAUCGAGCGCGUGCGGCGGAUCCACAUCAAGCGCCCAGACGACCGGGCCCACCUGCACCAGUGAGCCGGCCGAUCUCGGCCGCC